AUGCGGUGCGUGAGCAAGGCCGCCGAGAGCGCGUCUGCACGUCUCUGCGCUCGUCAUGAAGACACUCAUGUCUUCACAGAGUAUGAGCUCGGUGUCUCAUACUCUCCCGAUACGGAAGAUGGAUCUGUAUUGACGGCGAUCGAAACCAAGCCGCCUGCCAAGCGUGGCAUGGAUGAUGCUAUGCGUCGUAGCAUCUUUGGUUCAUCUGAUGAAUCAGAUGAACCAUCGCCGAAGCGAAGGCGCUCGAGGUCGCUAGACUCGGGCGCUCACAUUGGUGUCGGUUCUCCAAUGGACACCACUUCGCAACGAGGUGCCAGUAGUUCUGUCGGCACGUCGCAAGAAGAGCGGGGCCGCAGUGUGUUGCGCCUCGCUCCCGAGAAGAAGGCAUGGAUGCCUCCAAAAUCCGUCAUGGAUCACUUGUCGGCGACGACGAGUGAUCGCUAUCGAACACGAUUGUUCGAUUCGUCAAGGAUCCAUCGCCUUGACCCCAGCGCGAAAGACUAUCGCGCUGAACAUGUGGUAACUCGAUCGUGUAUGCAUUGCCUAGGCGAUGAAAUACACGAAAUGGGCCGAUGUACUUGGGCAGAAGUUUACUACUACCCAAGUUAG